AUUGGCCUUACUACAUCUUUCUUUGUUAUAGCCAAAGUUCCCCUUUCCUUUUGAAACCUAUUGUGGUAGAGGUGCGAAUCGGAAAGAGAGAUGAGUGAGUCUGAAAAUUUUGGGCACCAACAUCCACUGGUGUUUAAUGAAAAGCAGAGCAAUCAAAGUGAAGAAGCUUGCUGCUCAAGGUGUGGGGAGGAGGUGUCACUGUCAGCUCCAAGUUUUGGCUGUGUGGAGUGUGGGUUUCACCUCCAUAAGAAAUGUGUUGAGGCACCCUCGGAGAUCAAUCACCCUUUUCAUCCCAAGCAUCCUCUCCUCCUUCUGCAAAAUUCACCUUAUGUUAAUGGAGACUGCAUUUGCAAUAUUUGUGAUAAGACAUGUAAGGCUUCCAUUUAUCAUUGCUCUUGUGGAUUGGACUUUCAUAUCACAUGUGCUUUAUUUACAUAUAACAUUGCUCAAAAAUUUUUUGAAGAGCUUCAACAUGUUGCUCUUGAAGAUCCAUUGAUUUCCACCGGAAAUGAUGGUGAAGAACUUGAAAGUUUUCAGUGUUUCGUGUGUUGGAAACCGUUGCUAAGUUCUACCUACUUUUCUCUUGAUUGUGGAUUCCAUCUCCAUAAAAAAUGUGCUGAAUUACCUCUCAAAAUCAAUCAUAUGUGCCACCACAAACAUCCUCUUGUUCUACAAUUUAAUAGUCAACGGUUUUCUUGCAACAUAUGCCAAGAAACCCAAAAAAGAGGAUAUGUUUACUGUUGUUUGCCUUGCAAGGUUGCUGUUCACAUUGAGUGUGUAUCAACCCCACCCCUGCCCAUCGUUGAAGAUAACAGUCAUCAACACCCAUUCACCCUGUUUUGGAUACAAUUCCCUUUCAUUUGUAGUGCAUGUGGUACCGAAGGAAAUUGUGCUGCCUACAUAUGUACUACAUGCAACAUUAUAGUUCAUAAGAAAUGCAUUUCAUUGCCACACAUCAUCAAAAGCAGGUGGCAUCACCAUCUCAUUUUUCACAAAUAUUUUCUUCAUGAAGAAGAUUUGAAGUAUUGGGAUUGCAUAAUUUGUCACGAUGAGGUCAAUGCAGAGCACGGCAGUUACUAUUGUUCAGAUUGCAAAAUUAUUGCCCAUGUGAAUUGUGUGACAAAAAAUGAAACCUGGUAUUAUAUAGUUUCACCUGAAAAUGAAGAUGAGAAAUCUAUCGAUAGUUUGGCACUUUUGCCUGGUGAAUCUAUUGACUCCAUCACUUGUGUUAUUGAGAGGAAUGAUGCUGGAGAAGCCACAAAAAUAAAACAUUUCAAGCACAUGCAUGAGUUGAUGUUAAGUGAGCAAAUUGUAGAGUAUGAUAAGUAUUGUGAGGGGUGCAUGUUACUUAUCUCAGCUUCCUUUUACUAUUGUUUAGAAUGUGGUUUCUUUCUUCAUCAAGCCUGUGCUGAAUUACCUACGAUGAAGCAUGUUUGGUUUCAUGACUGCCAGCAAAGUGUCCUCAUCCUCACUUCAGACUACAUUUUUAGAUGUCGCUUAUGUCAGCACAUAUCGAAUGGCUUUGCCUAUAAAUGUAAUGAAUGUGACGAUCGUGUAUGCCUUCUAUGUGUAACUCUAACUCCUGAUACUCUAACAUGUCAAGGACAUAAACACCCCCUCCUUUUUUAUAUCGAGUAUGAAGGGAAGUGUUGUGCUUGUGGUGGUGAUAUAAGAGCAGCAUACGGUUGUAAGGAUUGCAAUUUUGCUUUGCAUCUUUCAUGUGUUGCAAUACCAACUAUAGCUCGACACAAAUUUGAUGAACAUGUUCUUGCACUCACUUAUAGUGAUGAUAAUGAUUAUUCAGAAUGUCAUUAUUGUGACGUUUGUGAAGAGGGAAUAGAUCUAAAUUAUUGGUUUUUUCAUUGUGCAACUUGUGAAACUUCUGCUCAUAGGAGUUGUGUUCUUGGACACUAUCCAUAUAUCAAACUUGGGAGUAUCUACAAAGAAGGAGAUCAUCCUCACCCUCUCAUCUUCGUGAAGAAGAUUUAUUACUACCCUAAGUGCAUUGAAUGUGGUAAGCCUUGUCAAGAUUUGGCUCUCGAAUGUGUUACUUCUGGAUGCAACUAUAUUGUUCACUGGAGAUGUAUAGCACCAAAUAAUUUAUGAUGGUAAUUUCACAUCUCGAGAAAAAUUUAGAUGGAGGUAUUAUUGAGCAAAAUACUUGAAAACUUCCACUUCAUUUGCAGGAAAGCAUAAGCAGAGUAUGGUCCAUACUUUGUUACUUGUAAUGCUUGUUAUUUUGUAAUUGUAACUUAUUUUUCAAUUAUAAGUUUAAAUGUAAUGUAGGCAUCUGCACUUAGAAUGUGUGAGGCUUGGAUUGCUUUUGAUUAUUCACUCUAGAAAUUCCCUUUAAUUUGACAGUGUGGUUGUAAUGACAAUAAAGUUGGUAUAUGUUGUGUGGUUUAAA